GAUGGCUGGGAGAGCUGCAAGAGCUGCAAGCGUUGCAGCCCUGCGAUGAUGUGUGUGCCUGCUGAGUGUGUCUGUGUGCUCUGCUGCAACUCGAGUCCUAUAGUGAAUAAUGCAGAGCAGAGCAGCUGAAUGAAUAAUGCAUUGUGCAUGUUUACUAGCACUGCUGUUAGCUUAACCAGAGCUGGAAGGAAGGAACCUGUGGCUGCCUCUGUCUGUCUCACUCUCUGACUAUCUGACUAUCCGACUGACUGACUGACUGACUGACUGACUGACUGACUGGUACAAGGAGAACAUGUCCCACUACCAUUUUCUCAAAUGCUGUUGUUUUCAGCUAUGUAACGUGUUUCGUCAGAACAUGGAGAUCGACCAGUGUCUGCUGGAGUCUCUCCCGUUUGGCCAGCGCCAGCGGCUGGUCAGGAGGAUGCGCUGUGACCAAAUAAGGAGUACUAAUGAGCGGGAGAAGACCCUGCAGAAACCGGGAGGAGGAGUCAAGGUAAAAGCCCCGCCCACCACCACAUGAAGAGAACCGCAUUCGCUUCAGCCUCGGUGACAUCAUACAGGACGCAUCGUCGUA